AUGCGUAUGUGCAGCGAGAACACACAACAGAAACUUUCAGUGACACAGGCUCAUUAAAUAAAUAUUUCCAGCUCAGCAGCAACAUGUUUCAGGUGAAUAUCUGGAUCUGUGCUGGCCUCCUGCUGUCUCUCCCUCACUUUACGUAUCAGUUGUGCACAGAUGGGACACCAAAACAGUGCACCGAUGCAGAAUUUGCUCCGGGAGCCAAUUUGGCCGGGGAGGGCUUUGAUAUCACCAAAAUGGAACGUAAAGGAGCCUUUGUGCUCGACAUGAAUCAGUGGAAACGUAAAGAUAAAACAUGCAUCCUGUGUACCAACCCUUUCCUGGAGAACAAAAAGCAAAAGCUACCCCUGACAGUGGUGGACUGGAGGGCAAAGCAGUCCUGCAGCGCCAAAGUUUCCACCAAACUUCACAAAUCCAGCGAGUCUCUUGUCGGUUCUAGCUUCUCUUCUGUUGAAAACAACUGGAAGGCGAAUCUAGAUCUACAAGCGGGGAGUAAAAGUGCGUCACUGAUGCUGGCUGGUACUAAUUCUCACCUCUCGAGUUACUCCAUGGAAAAAACCAAGAAUGACAAGUACAGCUUCGCAAGCCACAGCAUGUCCUGCGAGUACUACAGCUACAGAGUGUCCAGUGCUCCAAAGCUGCACAGAGAAUUUCGCAAAGCAGUGAAAAAACUUCCCAAAACCUACAGCGCAGAAACCAAACAACGGUUUUACAAACUCAUUGAUGACUUUGGGACCCACUACAUCACCAAGGUGAAACUGGGAGGAAGUAUCGAGUCUGUCACCAGCAUCAGACAGUGCCAGGCCAGCCUUCAAGGGCUCAGUGCCGAGGAGGUGCAGAUGUGCCUCGAAGUUGAGGCGUCUGCAAGUAUUAAAGCUAAAAAAAUGAGUACUGAAACAAAACACUGCAAAAAGGAUACACAGCAGACAGACAGUAAGUCUGCCUUCUCCAGCCUCUUUAAUGACAGGUUCACAGAAAUAAAAGGUGGUCAUACCACAGAGCCAGACCUUCUCUUCUCUGCUGACAAAAAUCCAGAAGCCUACAAGGAAUGGCUGAGCACAUUACCACAAAACCCAGACAUCGUCUCAUAUUCCCUGGAGUCUCUGCAUGAGUUACUACCCACCACAACCAAAGUCAGAAAAGACCUGCGCUCUGCCAUUAGCCAUUACAUCCUGGAGAAAGGCCUGUGGAGAAACUGCACUGAUCACUGUAAGGCUGGGAUUAGGACCGACUCGAGGGAUCCCUGCGUCUGCCAGUGCCACAAUGACCCUGCCGUGAACCAAGAUUGCUGCCCAACUCGUAAGGGAAUGGCGCGGGUCAUCAUAACAGUACAGCGGGCCUCUGGUCUGUGGGGGGACCACACCACCGGUACAGAUGGAUAUGUGAAGGUGAUUUUCAACAAAUUAGAAGUCCGGCGUUCUCCUGUCAUUUAUAACAACAACAACCCACACUGGGGCAUGGUCGUCGACCUGGGCUCAGAGGAUAUUUCAUCAGCUAAACUGAGAUUUGAAGUUUGGGAUGAGGACAACAAGUGGGAUGAUGACCUAUUAGGAGCAUGUGAGCCACUUCUGACUGCUGGAGUUAAAGCGGAUCUCUGUAAUCUGAACCACGGCCAACUGUUCUAUAAACUGGAUGUGCAGUGCGCUCCAAGUCUGAGCGGAAAGUCAUGCACGGACUAUAAACCUUCACCUAUGAAUUCAAGUCUGAAGAAGUUCUAUGUGUCCCGUCAUGCCCGUCCUAUUCCAGAGGCCAUCCUGUCAGAGAUGGGUGUGUUUGUGGACAAAUCAAGUUCAUGGAAAAACCAGAGUGUUGCUGCCGAGAGUCCCAAGUAUGAUGUAAUAUUAGUGUGAUGUGAAAUAAAAAGAAAAAAAAAGGCUUUGCUAAGACGACAAGUUAUCAACAAAGUUUUAUUUUAGUCUUGAUGUUAGUUGAAAUCCCUUGUAAUGACUCCGAAAGGUAGCAGCUGAAAGUAGAAGAAGUUAAAUUUACGUGUCAAAAAAGCCCAUGGGCCUAAUGCAGCAAUGUAGGCACUCUGCACAAGGUCCUACUACCUCUUGAGCUUUAUGAUGAGGCGCUUCCCUCUCAAAGAUUUGCGCAUCAGUGUGGCAUGCAGCAGUUUAUUCGGUGACAUAACUCCUGCACCAUGAGCCACAUGCAGUUCUGAUGGCUCAGAAUGAUGUCAUUAUUUCACUCUAGGUGGCUUUUAACCCACUUGCAUCUGGCUUUAACGCCUGGCUAGGCAAGCUAAGCCUGGGUAGCAUCUUGCACCAAGGCUAUGGGUGUGUACAUAUUCAUAAAUAGAGUUGUGGUAAGCACCAUGACUCACAGUGGUGCCGUCUCAUUCAAAGUCAACUGCUGUUACAUACUUAUAUAUGGCUCACAUAUCCCGGAUGAUCUGAUAUCGUCGUGUUGGUGUUGUUCCCAGAUCAUCAUGAAAAUGUUGUUCCAGGUUCAACGUUGCAAGUGACCAAUCACAUUGUUGUGACGUUAUUCUUUUGCGUGCCAAGCCAUUCGUGCAUUUAUGAAAUUCCAAUGUUACAAGGACAAUAUCAAUUCUGCUUACUGUUUAUUAAAGGGUUAGGGUUAGGGUUAGGAUUAGGGUCAGGGUCCGUUGAUCGGCGGACAGAGGCGGUUUCUCGCAGCUUAACUACAUUUUUUUGUUUUACGGCGGUUUUUCCCGAAAUCGCAAAAGUAUGUCGUCACAACAUUCUCAUUGGUCACUUGCAAUGUUGAUCCUGGAACAACAUUUAGUAUGAUGAUCUAGGAACAACACCAACACGACGAUAUCAGAUCGUGCCACAUAUCCCAUAAUGUAUAAAUAUGUAAAUAUUUUUUUUCAUACACACAUAUGGAAAAUUUGUAGCCUGAGUAUAGAUUAAAAAUGACAAUUUGUUAUUGUAUGCCACUAGUAACAAAUGUGUUAAAUACAUAGAAGAAACCUGUUAUCCUUCACUAAUAAUAUUACAAUAAGACCUUUGAUCAAAUAUUGUUGCAGGGGUGUGGAAAAUUAGUUUUCAAAAAACAAACAGCGAUGUUCCACAAAAUUCCAGGCCCUUAGUAUAAUAAUAUAAAUAAUUCUAUAAUAUAUUGAUCAUCAUCAAUAGGUUACAUAUCCCUGUAUUUUAAAGAAAUCCAGAACAAACUUUGUGCAAACAAUGUAAAUAGUUAUAGAUGUGUGAAAUAUUAUUCUCUUUGAUGAAUGAUUUCUGAUUGAUAGUGUUACGUGUCUGCAGGCUGCAUGUUUUCUUUCCCUCUCCCUUUGCUUGCCAUUUCCCCAGCUACACAGACUGCAGGCUGGUGUCAAUAUGGGGCUCUCCAGCUAAUUAGAGGAAGGAGGCUUUGAUUGGACAAACCUGGAGUCCUGAUAAGGAAACUCACCUGUGGCUGGAGUGUCUCUCUCUUCCUUGCUUGGACUUGUUUGGCACAUGUGUAAAGCUCCUCUGGUGUAUUUCUUUUGUUUGAAGGUUGUGGUGGGAGUAAAGAGGACUAGGGAAGUCUGGGGACCCCAUACACUUACUCACGUAGAAUCCUUUCUGUUAGAAACAUUAGGUAAGUAGGUUGGUGCCACCCAUGUCAUUUUUGAGCUUGUUUUGAGUUGAGGAUUAGGAUUUUUUUUUCCUCCUUGUUUUUCUUGGGUUAGGGGUGGUUUUAUCUUUUUUGGUGUUUUUUUUGGCACAACCUAACUGUCCCUUUCUCCCCCACAUUUUUUGGGUCAUUGUCUUUUGUGUGAAAGCUGCCAUUAAACUUGUCUCAGCAUAUAACACUUGUA